AUGAAUGAAUACAGAUAUGCAACCCUGCAAGCAAUAGACACACUAGAUGAACAACAAUGGUUAACGUAUUGGAUUCUAUACUCAUUUAUAGCGCUAUUUGAGCACGCUUUUGAAUGGUUCCCCUUGUGGCCAUACAUCAAGAUACUGAUCUGUCUGUGGCUGAAUCUGCCAAAGUUCAACGGUGCGACUUUUAUAUACCAGAAAGUUGUCAAGAAAUAUUUGAAUGUUGGGACUCGGGUAAGUUCAAAUAGGGCUGGUGGCCAGCCGAAGGUUGUUCAGAUGAUGGAGCCUGAGACGGUGAAGGCAGUGGAGAAAUUUAUCGAGAAAUACGGUCUAGAAGCGUUUGAUAGAGCCAUAAAAGCGGCUGAGAAAUAG